UCCACGCUGGCCCGCGCCCUGCGCCGCCGCCUGCCGCAGCGGCCGGGCUGGGCCUGCGCCCUCCUCGACUACGACGAGCUCAUCCCGCCGGAGGCCUUCGGCUCGCCCGAGCCGGGGGCGGGACCGGCGGAGCCGUCCCCAUUGCUGCCCCGCUGGAAGCGGAGCCGGCGGGAGCUGCUGCAGUGCCUGGAGCGGUUCCUGCGGGCGGUGGUGACCGGGGACCCGCUCUCUGCCCCGGCCACCGCCGCCCAGCCGGCCUGGGAGCGCUUCCUGGCCCGCUGCCACGGGCAGGGGCUGCUCUCCUCAGCGGAAAGCGACGCCGGGGCUGGCCGUUCCUGGACACUUGCAGCCACGUCUAGGCCGCUCUACCUGAUCUUGGAUGACAAUUUUUAUUAUCGGAGCAUGAGAUACGAGGUGUACCAGCUGGCUCGCAAAUAUUCCUUGAGCUUCUGCCAGUUAUUUUUAGAGUGUCCACUUGAAUGCUGCUUGCAGAGGAAUCGUCUAAGAAGUCAUCCAUUACCUGACCAGACAAUAUGUUUAAUGGCGAGAAGAAUAGAAAUGCCAGAUCUCAAGAAAAAUGCUUGGGAACAGAACAGCCUCAUUCUGAAAAGUUUUGAUUGCACUUCAGAGGAUAAGUAUGCUACUGGAUUGAUGCUAGGGUUUUCACUAAGUACUCAGAUAAUUAGUUUGCUGGCUGCUGCUUUGGAAAAUCCAGUGAAGCAAAAUGAGGAAAACACUGAACAAAAGGAAGCCGAUCGAGCAAUCUGUGCAGCUAGUACUGUCCAUCAGGCUGAUCAGACAUGCAGACGCAUCAUCUCUCAGACAAUGAAGGACGCAAAAGAUAAAAACAUACCCUCAAGUGAGAUGAAGAGCCUGGCCGAAGAACUCAACAAACUCAAAGCAGAAUUUUUGGAAGACUUGCGGCAAGGAAAUGAGUUGAAAAACCAAAGUUGCAUACAAAAUCAACAUUCUGACCCUGCUACAAGUGUAAUUUCUUCAUUCCAACAUGAGGCAACCAAUGUAGUUAAUAAAUAUAUUUUAAAAUAG